AUGAGCGAUUCACGACCGACGACGCCGCCGCCUCGUUCACCACCUUUGUCGAACUUGCAGGCUACGCCAGAGCAGAUACGACAGAUAGAGAUAAACAGGUUGAGAGCCAAGGCUGCGCAGAGAGAACGAGAAGCGGGUGCCUCGUCGUCGAGCAGUGUCAAUUCAAACAACAAGAGGCCUCUGGUUAACAAUCCCGCCAUUACAACGUCGCCGACAGGCCCCGCCUCGUCCAAAGAGAAACCCUUGAAGCGAGAUUCUCGUCUGGGAACCUACUUCGAGUAUGAUCUCUCGAAAAUGGUGAACUCGAAGGGCGGGUUCCUUCUAGAAGAUGAGAGGGAUGUGGACGAGGAGGUGAGGAGGAAGGAGAAGGAACGAGAGCGCCAGCGUCAGAUGCAGGCCAUUGAACCCAGCAACAUGAACCCGAAAUGUAGGGAAUGUGGGACUGUGGACAUUGACCAGACAUACAAGCAGGUCUUCAGGUGUCUGGUCUGCAAGAAAUGCAUCAACGAGAAACCAGAGCUGUAUAGCUUGCUAACCAAAACCGAAUGCAAAGAGGACUAUUUAUUAACAGACCCGGAACUCCGUGACCACGAAGUAAUGCCCCAUUUACUCAAGGCGAAUCCCCACAAAUCCACCUACGCCAACAUGAUGCUCUUCGUCCGGUACCAGGUCGAAGAAUUCGCUUGGAAGAAAUGGGGAUCUCCGGAAGCACUCGACGCUGAAUACGAACGCCGGGAGGAGGAGAAAAAGAAGAAGAAGAAUAAAAAGUUCGAACAGAGCUUGAGGGAUCUUCGGAAGCGGACGAAGGAAAGUGUGUGGCAGCGGCGGAAGGACGAGGAGCAUAGACACUCGUAUGGACCUCUGGAGAGGUGCAGUGACGGUACAUCGAAACAGAUAUGCCACGAAUGUGGGUUCACCGUCGAGGUGGAGGAGCUAUAG